CUGGGCGGCCCGGACCUCAUAGGCCCGGACCCAGAAGACCUGGAAAACCUGGAAAACCUGGGCCUCAAAGGCCCGGACCCGGAAGACCUGGAAAACCUGGGCCUCAAAGGCCCGGACCCGGAAGACCUGGAAAACCUGGGCCUCAAAGGCCCGGACCCGGAAGACCUGGUCCUCAUAGUCCUAAAUCUGGAUAAGUUCUUAAAUUUGUUUUCUAUUCAUGCUGUAGUGUCAUGUUUUGUCUUUCAGGUUCUUGAACAAACCUAAUAAAGCUUGAAUGACAAUUUUUUUUUUCUGUGAAUGUUUGAGUAGUGGCAACACAAAUACAACACUUGGGUUAAAGUAAAACAUUCCAACAGGACGCCCUCAGUAUAGUAACAAACAAGUUGCAAACCAUAUUAAACUAGGUCAGCCCUCAAGACCUUACCAUUGGGUCAAAUUACUGGCUGACCAGGCGGACAAGAAAAUGAACUGAAACCUCAUACAAAAUAAAUGUCAAGAUCAACACAUUAGCCCCAACAACCUGGGAGAACUAUCCCUUUAACAGUUUCAUGGGAGUAACAUUAGUUUGUUUACUGAAAACUAAAACACCUUUUGACCACUUCGAAAUUCAGAGAUUCAAAACAAAUUGCUCAACAUGCGUGUUAGCAGCAGCCUCUGUAACUACGCUACAAGGCAGUGCUAGAAUUAUUGUUGGGGAGGUACAGUCAUUUAUCAUUAAACACCAUCUUUUGUGUCGACCUUAAACUACCAAACCAACGACUCGCAAGUAACAAAUUUCAUAGGAAAUGUUGACUAAAGGACGUUUAAAUGAUUAACGCUUAGGUUUAACAACGUGGGCAUCAUGUUACAGACUAGCUAGCGAAGCUAGAUUGUAACGUUACUUUUCAAACCUAAUACCAACAUGCGCAUUUUGCAUACUUUUGCAUUUUUUAUGUAAUGUAAUAUUUUUAUAGAUUGAAAACUCUCAAACAUACCUUUCUUUUCUCCGUAUAACAUCUGUACUCUCUUUUUCCUGAGGUGGAUCAAAAGCUGGGAAUAUAAAGUUUGUCGGAAUCGUCGAGGAGGAGUUUGCUCUCUCAACCGUCACUCAAUUGGACCCAACUGAUAACCCAGCGUUCGGGUGACUCAAAAAACGACCCAACACUGGAAGAAUAACCCAACAAAAUAACCCACCAGGCGCAACGCAGCUGUUGGGUUAAAAAAUAACUCGGCAUUUUUAAGUGAAUGGGUUUUUCUCAUGGCACCAUUGCCCACAGAACACCCAAUUUUGGCAAGGUUAUUAUUGGCAGUGGUGUAUCAAAUGAUUCCGCUGAAAGACAAGCAGAACAGCCUACCGGAUACUGGUCCAGUGAACAAGCCCAAUUCCAAUUUGCUGAGGCUAAAUUGAAACGCCUGGGUACUUCUGUGCACUGUGGAAAUGAUGCUAUGACCCUGCGUGUUCCUGGCCCAAGAAUGCCCCACUUCCUGGUUGAUGGAGGAGUGGGAUCUCCAGUGCCUGUGUCUGAAAUUCCAGCCAGCUGUGCUAUCUCUGUGAAGAGAGUUCGUCGGGAUGUUUCUUUUUCCGUACCUUUCCGUGGCUGUCCUGUCCGACAACAGGGUGGAAGUUAUAUUCUGUCUCUGAUUGUAAUGGGGGCACCAGUGCAGGCGUCAUGCCCGGCGAGUUCUCCUUUUCCUAUUGCUUCUGCUCCCCUUCCUACAGUUUCUUGCUUGCCAACUGGAAUGGUUUUCUUGCUUGGGUUCAGGGCUGAUACUGUCGAGAUCAAAGUUGAUGGAUUAUGGCAGCCUCUGCUGUUAGAGUACUCCAAAUGUGGGUUCACAUUGGAUACGAUUGAAGGUGCUCUGGUUUUUACAGCACCAUUUACAGGGAGGUGUUGGGUAUUGAAGGAUACGGAAAGGCAUCUUAAUUUGCUAUACCUUGACCGUGAAGUGAUUCUCUCCUGCCCUUUGACACUGCCAACGGCAGCCCCAACUGUACCUGGGCGGCCCGGACCUCAAAUAUUUUCAUACCUUUCAUCCUGUCAACUGGACCUGGAAGACCCGGGAAGCCCGGACCUGGAAGACCCGGGCUGCCCGGACCUGAAAGACCCGGAAGACCCGGAAGACCCGGGCCUUAAAGGCCUGGACCUGGAACAAAAUGGGAAAAAAUAA